AUGACGAGGAGCGGAUCGACGCAGAGGUGGUGGCAGGGCGGACGGGUCUAUCCGCGCUUCGUCGACAGCCGCACCACCCACCGCAGCGAUUGGGAGGACUUCCAGGUCCACCGCAAGACUCUCGGCGUGGUGGGGAUCAUCCACUGCGCGCAAUGGAGGGACCUGUCGGAUGCCUACACCGAGUUCGAGCGAUUGCGCCGACAGCACCCGACCGCCGUCGCCGUCACCUGCUUCGCCUUCGAGCCGCGCGACGACCAACCUGACUUUGCCAAGGACAACCUGGUGAUGAUUCCCAACGGCGACCAAAAGCGGCUGUUGUUCUAUCUCAACACGCUCCUGCUCGACUUCAUGGCCACCAUCCUCAAGGAGCUCGAGACCCUCUUUGAGAAUGAGCAGGCGUGGUCGAGCGCCUACAUCUCGACCCCGCUCGACCCGCACAACCCGUCGGCCGACAAGGUGAAUCGCCUCAAGAAGCGCAAGGCCGGACGCGUGAACAAGACCAAGGGCGACUACUGCCUUCUCGCCGGCGACCCUCACGACGCCCUGCUCCAUUACCAGGCGGCGGAGGAGCAAGCGCGGCAGAAUGCGGACAUGGUGUGGCUGGCCGGCGCGCUGGAGGGCCAAGCGGCGGCGAUGAUCAUGUCGGCCAGCACCACCGAGGCGUGGGCCGACGUGCCCGCGGUCGACGAGAAAUACGCCGAGGCGCUCGGGCUCUACGCCAAGUCCCACGCCGUCACACUCGAGCUCGAGGCCUCCCUCAAGCUCGCUGGGUACCACGCCUGGUUUGGGCGCAAGGUGCAGGCCUUGGAGCUGUUGAUGCACGCCCACGCGCUGUCAUCGGAGUGCUCGACCCAGGAGAGGAUCCUGGUGUGCAGUGCCAUCGCCGGUCUCUGCCGUCGUCUGGGCUUCAACCGAAAAUUUGCAUUCUUCAUUCGCGAAGCUGCGGCUCUCCACCACAAACUAUUCAUGAUGUCGACUGCGCACAGUUUGUACCUGGUGACGGCACCCCACUACCAGCUGCAAUCGCUGCAGCCCUCGCAUUCCCAGAAGCUCGACAAUGUCCAGAGCUGGCUUCACCUCCAGCGCUCCCUCCUUCGAGCGCUCAUUGCCACCUCACGAGCGCUCAACGAUGCCACGGCCAGCGCUGCCUACGCUCUCGCGCUCCUCCGGACGUUCAAGGGCGACAAGGAGCACGGCGAGGAGCAGGUGGAGCUGGCCACCGAGCUUGCCCGGCUCACCAAGUACACGCCGGCCUCGCCCCACAUCGACCCGCGUGGCGCCCUGCCCCAGGUGCUUGGCAUCCUGCCCUUGCGCCCCUCCGACGACUUGGUUCCGCUGGAGAUGCCCAAGACGAAGCCCGCGGUGGCGGUCGACAACGACAAUCCGUUCAUUUUCACGCCCAUGCGGUUCCAGAAGAGCCACUACACGCCGCCCGUCGUGGCCAAGGGCGACCUCGUCACCUUCAAGGCCUACCUCGCCAACCCCUUCGCCUUCCAGGUCCACCUGGAGUCGGUGAGCUUGGCGACCGAUGGGGCCGAGUUCGCCGCCUACCCGGUGCUGGCCGUCACGCUGCCGCCGCACGCGGUCUGCCAUGAGGUGGUGCUGUGCGGCAAGGCGCUCGCGGCCGGCAGCGUGCGGGCCACGGGCUGCCUCAUCCACGCGCUCAACAUUCUGUGCCUCCACUCCGUCGACGGCCGCGGCCUGCCCAUUGUUGUCGACACCACCCACGCCGGCGCCGACGGCGAAGUGAACGGGCGGCUGCCGCUGGUCGUCGACCUGCCCAAGGUGCCCGAGACCCGCAACCUCCCGCGGGAGGACGGCCCGGAAAACGCCACCGAGGUGGUGGUCGUGGAAGCGCUGCCGCUCCUCACGCUUUCGACAGUCGGGCCGCCCAUCCGACAGCUGGCGUUCGAGAAGCAGCUCGGCGGAGUCGAAAUCGAGGUGCGGAAUGUGAGCGGGCUGCCGAUCGAAUGGAUGAACUUGCACGCGCCGGCGGACGGCAGUGACGAUGACGGCGCCACCAACUCGGGUUUGGUGUGGGACGCCGACGUGGUGGCCGCCCACCUGCCCCUCGCGCCCGGCCACUCCUUCGUCCUCCCCGUCCGCUUCCGCUUCGGCGUUCACAUGAAGGACGGGCGGGUGGUGGUGGAGUACGGCGAGAAGGAGGGCACGCACAAGCGGCACGCGGCGAUCGACAUCCAGGCCGACCUGCUGGGCGGGCAACUGCCGGUGGUGGUCACAAACCUCAGCGUGCUGCCCUACGGCCGCCUGCCCGCGCUCCCCAACUGCACCGCCCCGCCCGAGGGCCAGGAAGACGACUACGCCGUCUUGCUCUUUGAACUACACAACACCGCGCCGUUGGCGUUCACGGUGCACUGCGCGGUGACGGACCCGGCCAACACGCUGCGCGUCGUGUGCGAGCCGCGAUCGCAAAGCAAGCUCGCCGCCGUGGUCCGAAGGCUUCCCUCCGACGGCUCCCUCUCUGCGCGCGAGGCCGCCCUCGCCUGCAAGGCCGGCCUCAUCCAACGCGUCUCGCUCUGGUGGAUAUCGUCGUGGGGACACAGGGGUGACAUAUCGCUGGCCUCGCUGUCGGUGCCGGCGCCCCUCCUGAUGUCCGACCCCGUGCGCAUCUCCCUCGCCUGCGUCAGCGGCGACGGCGAGACCGACAUCAGCGCCGACCCGCGCACAGCGCGCGUCGUGUGCGGCGAGUUCAGCCACGUGCGCGUGCGCGUCGAGAACCGCAGCGCCGCCGCAGUCAGCCUCCUCUUGCGUGUCCAGGCCUACCAGAGCACGGACGCGGGCCAGCCGAAGGUGUCGCUGCUCAACAAGCUCCUGUGGAUGGGCUCGCUGCACGUGACCUUCAACAACGUGCCCGCCGGCGAGGCGGUGGAGCACACGGUCGGGCUGUGCGCGGUGCAGCCCGGCCGCUACGGCCUGCAGGCGUCGGCCACCAACGAACUCACCAACGACACGCACUGGGCGAUCCACCCGCUCACGUUCCACGCUUCCCUUCCCUCCUCCUUCUCUUCCUCAUCGUCGUCUCUGGGCUCUCGUAAUUAA